GUUUGCCGCAGCGAGCGGCAGAUAGGAUUUUCCGCCCGGCCCUGCCCUGCCCGUGCGGCUCGCCUCUCUUCUCCAGGCGCCAUGGCCUCCGAGCUAGGGCUACCGCCGCCGGCGAAAGGCCCACCGGCGACACCCACCACCAUUGCCGCUAUCAGCUACGACCUCCUCUGCGAGAUCUUCCUCCUCCUUCCCUCCCUACCGAGCCUCGUCCGGGCCGCCCUCGCCUGCCGCACCUUCCUCAACGCCGUCCGCUCGUCCCCUGCCUUCCGCCGCCGCUUCCGGGCGCUCCACCCGCCGCAGCUCCUUGGAUUCUUCGGAGAACCCCGCCGCGCCCCCGUACCUCCCUUCGUCCCCCUCCGCAGCCGCUCCGACCCGGACCUCGCCGCCGCCGUCCGCGGUUCCGAUUUCUUCCUUACCCGUCUCCCGGAAGACAGCGGCGAUUCCACCCUCGGGUGGAAGCUACAAAGCUUCCACGGCGGCUACGUCGUCCUCGUCAAAGAUGCCACCCACCAGAUCGCUGCCUACAACCCUGUCACGCAGGCGCUGCAUCUCUUACCCCGGCCGCCGGAGGAGAUCCUAUUCUCCGACUCUCUUGAGGCCCACAUUGUCUUCUCCGAAGAGGACCAGCGGGUGUUCCGUGUGGUCUGUGUCCAGCACCAGAGCACGCGCCUGCGGGCGCCGGCUUGCGUAGCCGUCUUCUCAACGGCGACAAGGGAGUGGCAGGUUUUCCCAUGGGUGGAGACCUCGCCGCCGCCGCCGCCGCCACCGCCGCCACGCGACUUUAUCAAGUUUUACCCUGGCACGCAGCUGAAUGGAUUCGUUUAUUGGAAACACACGAGUCGACCCUAUGUACUUGUUCUCAACACUGCGACAGUGCAAUUCUCUAGAUUGGAUUUGCCGCCAUUCUUGGGACAGAUUAGCUCUACGCGAUUCAGACUUGGUCAGACCAAGGAUGGGAUGCUAUGUAUGGUUGCCAUAGAUCUCUCUGAUGCAGAGAGAGGAACGCUUCAUGUUUGGUUUUGGACAGCUGAUGAUGAUGGUGUUGAGAAAUGGGUUCUGGGAGAUACUUUUCUGCUCACUACAUUUGUUGAUGCCACUAAGGAUGAUCCCACAGUGCACAUCGAGGCGGUUAUCGAUGGCUUUGUUUAUUUGUCAACUAAGUAUGACGAGCAUACUGACGAGCAUACUGAAUCUCUGCUAUCCCUCUGCCUGGAAACAGCAAAGCUAAACAAGCUCUUUGGUGAUAGUACAUAUGUAAGCCCUGCACAUCCCUACAUCAUGGCGUGGCCUCCUUCUUUGGUGUGCCACAAGGAGGAUUCACAAACCAUGGUUACUGGAGAGAGUGUUGCGGAUGCUGCUCCCGUGGGCACGAAAGAAACUUCCUCUGUUCAUGCCUCAGCGUCGCCAUCCUACAAAUUUGAUUAAUGACGAUGAAGCAAAAGUCACAUAGGGUGUUUUACUUUGCAUUCAGGAUGAUAAGAGCUCUUGCGAGCAAAAUUAAUACUUAUGAUGCAUAGCUGGCGACCCAACCUCUUUGUCAUGAGCUUUUGUUUCAGUGUGUCGGCACUUCAGUUUUUGGAUGGUGUGAAAUGGGCAUGUGCUAGUGGCACGCUGUUUUUUUCUUUUUCCUUUUGAGAAACGGGUCAUGCUGUUUUUGCCUACUAUAAUUCUCAAUUACC